AUGCCGAGCCCUCCUCCCGCCCUUCCUCCUCCUCCUUCUCCUCCUCCCGCCGGCGGCAUGCGCCCAGCCUUCCUCUUCCUCCUCCUCCUCCUCACCCUGCCCGCUCGCGGCCGGAGGGAGCGGCUGCCCGGCGGGGGACACUCCACGCCUUCCUCCUCCUCGUCCUCCUCUCCCUCUUCCCUGACGGCGGCGGGCCCGGGCCGACGGCGGGGCCGGCUGUACUGCCGGGUGGGCAUCGGCUUCCACCUGCAGCUGCACCCCGACGGCCGCGUGGACGGCGCGCACGCCGCCAGCCCGCUCAGCGUUCUGGAAAUCUUUGCUGUCUCUCAGGGGAUCGUUGGAAUCCGAGGAGUUUUCAGCAACAAAUUUCUAGCUAUGUCAAAGAAAGGAAAACUCCACGCAAGUGCGCGCUUCACUGCUGAGUGCCAGUUCCAUGAGCGCUUCCAGGAGAACAGCUACAACACCUAUGCCUCGGCUGUGCACCGUGGGCAGCGCUCUGGCCGCCAGUGGUACGUGGCCCUCAACAAGCGGGGCAAGGCCAAGAGGGGUUGCAGCCCUCGUGCCCGUCCCCAGCAUGUCUCCACACACUUCUUGCCCCGCUUCCGGCAGCCCCCUCCAUCCCAGCUGGCUUUCACCGUCGCCCGCCCUGAGAAGAAGCCACCACCCCCACCACCGCCGCCGCCCAAGAAGAUGGCCACGUCACGGCACAGCCCCGCUCCUGGCCGCUACCGGCUAAAGUUCCGCUUUGGGUAGUGGCUCCUCAGGACACUGAAGGGCUACUGGGUAGGGUGAUGCUGGGAUGGACGUGGCAAGGACGUCUAUUGGCAGAGAUGGGACCCACAGUUCAGCUGCUGAUGGUAUUUUGCUGUGGAACCUCCGUGGGACCGUGACACCUUCCCUCUCCUGUCCGGAGUUGGCUGAGCAUUGCGUUGUCACAGUGCUAUCGUGACAGUCCUCUGGGCUGAGCAAACCAUGGACCUCAGCGCUCCUCACAUGUCUUCCAUGUGUAUUUGUAUAUAUGAGCAACAAGAUGUAGGACACACCAGAAGUUCACAAAAAAUCUGGACUGUCUGAGGUCAUACAGCUUCUCCUAAGUUUUCCUGGAUGAGUCCCUCUGAGCCAUCUCUCGUUGCAUCCUGAGUUUGCCAUGCUAACAGAACUCUGGCUGCUGCUGGGUGGACAUCUUAUGAACUCUAUCUGAGAGAUGUGAUAUCUUGUGUUAAUUCUUAACAUUGACAGAUACUGAUUUCAGAUUGCAGCCUUCCAUGUUGGAGAGGAGGCCUGCAGGGCAAACGCAACCCAGCACGGCCGUGACAUCCAUGAGGUACUCUGUGCUGUCACUGGCUUUAACUUUACAGACACAUUAUUUUGAGUAGAAGAGCUGCUAUCAGAACUAAUAGGAACAAAACAAUGUCUAAAUCAUAAGAAGAAAUCCCACACCACUGCCUCCAUGAAUGUGUGAAGUGACAUGAAUGUGUUUAUUUCUACCUAGGAGAACCACUGCUGUUCCUUGUAGGAUGUGACUUCCCUCAAUAAGUCCUAUGUGAGCACAGGAGCUGUGCAGAGCUUUAUGUUGCGUUGAACAUUAACAUCAACUUUGAUGCUUACAGAAGCCUUCAUAAUCCAUUAGAGUGCUGGGUGAGAGAAAAACAGUAUACAACCAGAAGUGAGCUACAAUGUUCACACUGCUCCUGUUUUGGUGUCUUCUAGGUCUGCUCCUGGCAUAUGGCUGCCCCUGAGACACUUGACCAAGUUGUGACUGAGCAUGCUGUUAAAGCUAAGCUUACUUCCUGGGCUUACUGAUGUUAAGUUUCAAUUAGUAGCAUUAAGAUAGCACAAUUCACAACAUUCUUCUGGGUGACACCAUUUUGACCAAUUUCACAAAAUGUUCUCUCAAUUUUUUUCACGGUAACUGUUAGGAAAGUGUUACAAAUAAAUAGAGAAUGGAUCACGGGAAGGAGUUCUGGGUGAUGGGAGCAGCCAUUGGCUUUGGAGGCAUGUCCAAGGAGAAAACAGACUGGCGUGCUGUGAAACACUGCAACUUACUUAAGGGGAAAUCAUCAGUAAACUUUUUUCUUUUGGGUAAGGUUCUAAGUUAGUAUGAAGAUCAAGCAAAGUAACACUGAAGUCAUAGUAACUUAAACUGUAGAACUAUAGAAUCAUUUGAGCUGGGAAGGAUCCUUAAAGGCUGUCUGUCUCAAUUCCCCUGCAAUGAUUAGGGAACCUACAGUGACAUCAGGUGCUCAAAACAUCUCCAGCUUGAGUGUCUCCAGGGAUGGGGCUUCCAACACCUCUCUGUGUAACCUGUGCUAGUGCCUCACCACCCUCUUCGUAAGUGACAAGAUGGGGCUCCUUUGUUGAGCCCAGGUAGAUUUCACCAGGCUUUAUGAGCUUUUCUUAGGCACCCAGAGUGAGGUACCACUGAUGAUCAGAAAGUAAUAUGAGAGGUUUUUUGUUUAAGUAUGCAAAACAAAAAACAAAACAAAAAAAGCACCAGAUUUCCUCCACGGGGUUCACAGAAUUACAGAAUUGUAGGGGUUGGAAAGGACCUCUAGAGAUCAUCGAGACCAACCCCCCUGCCAAAGCAGGUUCCCUAAGGUUCCUAAGCAGGUUAUUUUAAAUUCUAAUGGAAAGGGAUGGAAACAGCCUUGGGGAGAAAGUUCCUGUUCUUAUUCUGCACGGGAAUAUUUGUCCUGACUGCUUCCCUUUUGGCUGAGGAGCUCAUGGAGUAAUGCCCUCUAGCUGCCUGGAGUGUGCUUUGUCUGCAGAUCCCAAAGCAGCAGUCACUUUGCUGUGAAGAUUCCCAGAGGAAAUCCACUCUACUCUUCUGUUGGCUGCAGAAGAGAUGUGUUGGCCCUGUGCUGAACCAGAAUGGGGAAGAGGAUUGAGCUGUGCCUAGUGCUAACGGAGCGUGGAUUUGGGGCUGCUGCAGCACCAACUGCUGCUGUAUUCAGUGCUGUCCCAUCAGCUGCUUGCCACAUCCAGUGCUGCUCACUGCUUCCCCCCACGCUGCUUUGCCCAGUGAAUGGCUGAAACCUCUUUAUAUCUGCAAGGUCUGCAGAAAGCAAAGGGAAGAGGAGGAAAAAAAGCCCAAGUUUUUGGAGAUGGUGCACUUUGUGCCCUGACAUCAUGUGUGGACUUGCUGAGAAAGAGCAGGGCUCUGGGUGCCACCACUGGCUGCAGAUAACACCAAUGUGGAACUUUGGCAAUGCCAGAAGGUAACGUUUUUGUUGCUUAAAGGUCUCCUAAUUUGAUUACAGGCUGUAAUGUGUUUGUUUUUAGGGGAUGGGACAUGGAUGUGAUGUGUUUUCCUCUCAGAACCUCAGUCCUCCUCAUUUCCUUCUGACACCUCAUUUACCUCACUUGGGCUGAAUCAUCCAUAGAGAUACGAAUCCACAUUUUAGCUGUCAGUAUGAUUUGCUAUGUUUUCUUUGUGUAGGUCAGAAAUCAGCAACUUCAUAAUUCUUUCAAGCCAAUAUUAUCUUUUGCUGUAGUCUGUUAUGCUCUAUUUCAUUCUCUAUAUGGUCAAGACUACACUUUUUCUGCAACACUUCAAUAUGAUUCUUGAAGUUUCCCUUCUCCCAUUUGAUACAUAUUUCUUCUUUUCUUCAAUCCAAUCCUAGUGUCCUUGAACAUGUCCUGCCUGAUGGAUACCAUACCUCCAGCAUGGAGAAAGCAGAGCAGUGCAUGUGAUGCCUGCAGGUCUGGAAGAUGAGACCACUCCAGGAUGGCUCUUUCUCAGCCCAGUCAGAAGAGUAUUUGUGGAUUUUCUUUGGAUCAAUUGCACUCAGCAACUUUACAGGACAACUCUGGACCGAAUGGAGGCCUCAUGGACUUUUCUGCAACUGCUGAUAAGAGUCUCAGAUAUUAAAUGCAAACCAAUUUCUUGAAGUUCCUUGUUGAAAUUAACCAUGGAACUUCUUCCAAGGCUUUGCAGAGCCCAGGCCUUGCAAAUGUAGUAGAGCUACUUCAUCUUUUGUCCCCUGCUAAGCUCCCUCAGAGCAAUUACUGAGCUCCAAUAGCUAUUUUUUCUGUGAUCUUAUGGAAGAGGUAUGGUUAAUCAUAUUUCAAUUUGACAUGCCUCUGUGCUCUCAGUGCUGGCUGGGACCAGAAGGUGACAGCUUUCAUCCUGUAGCUAACCUUCUGCUUUUUGGCUCAGCCAAACUGAGUAAGAACUGGAACACAUGUGGUGAAAUCCAUGGCAAGCGUAUCUCAGAGCUUUUCUCUUCUGCCCCUUUUUAAUAAGCCCAUAAUGCAGAGAUAACAUUGACUGACACCACUGGUAUUGGAACAAUUUCUGGGAGCUGAUUUUUUUGAAGCUUGCAUGUGUCAAUAUUUCAGGAAUGGAUAAACAGAGCAAACUGAAAAAGCCUUAUGAAUAUUUCAUGGUGGCCCUUUUGGUCCAGGAAAACAGAUUUUUUUUUUUUUUUUUAAUGUCUUUUUACUCUCUCCACAAUUCUUCCCCUCCUCCUCCAUCUCCUGCUUUUGAGUUUUUUAAAUUAGUUCCUUAUCGGGAAGGGGAUGAUGGCCUGUUCCUGACUCUAAACCUAAUAGCAGGAUGGGGACCAGGUCUUUCUCUUCUUCAAUUUCUUAUUACUUGUUCUACUGUGGUAACAGCAACAUCCUUUUCUAACCAUUUAGGAUGAAGCAGCAUUUCUUGGACUAAUGAAGGAAGGAGACAAAUGUCAAUGCUUUAUUGACAGUCCUUGGUUUUGUUUACUUAGCCCUGGAUUGAGUGGGACAGGGCAGAUAUCAAUGAAUUUUUGGGCAUUGCACCAACACAAGUAGACAUUUAAAUUAGCUCCAGUUGUUCUUUCUGGGCUUUCACCAAACUUUUGAUGUCUACAUACUCAAAUGAAAAAUAAACAAAAGUCAAUUGAGACUGUAGAGACCAUUUCAUUGAGCAGUCUCUUUCUACUUCCCCCUGUAUGCCUAAUGCUAUUGAAAAUCAGUGUGCCAAGUGGAUGCCUUCAGCACACAACUUUGGAAUCAUUUCCUUUCUUGGGAGUGGGAUUAAGAGACAUUAAAAAGACUAUUGAUACAUGCUUCUGAAAAAGAAAAGUAGCUGAACAUAUAUCUGACAUACAUUUUUACUGCUAUAGAUUAAUACCUGAGGGCUGUUUGGUUCUCAGUGCUUGAGAGCCGUCCCCCCCAAGUUGCACACAGUUUCUGGUAGUCCCAAGUGUUCCGUCUUCGAUGUCCUUAACACAAUCUUAAAUGCUUUGUGAAGAGGCCCAGGUGUGUUUGGGUAGCUUUCUAUUCCAGGCAGUGAAUUUGUUACACUAACAGCAAUGUUUUUUCACCUGGCGAUGUGUUGCAAUAAUCAGCGUUCUUUGUUUAAGAAUAAAUUGAGCCUUUUUUUUUUCCUUUAUAAAUUGUGGAUAGUUUGGGGAAAAGUUUUGGAAUAAAUAAAUGAAAUGUGUUUAAGUAGGUGCUGGAAAAUAUUUCCUUUUCAGAGGGGAAGUUUAUUAUUUUAUGAGUAAUCUUCAGGCAAAGGAAACCGGAGUCCAGGAAAUGGAUUUGCCAAUGGAUUCCUGCAGUUCAUAGCCUGCUGCUUCAGAUUUCUUUCAGGCAAGAUAGAUAGUGGAACAAGCACGAACUCUGGUUAAGAUGAGCUAAAUAUAUAGAAAAGAUAAAUAAUUCACAAGUUUGGUAUCUGUUUCCUUUCAGGCAUAACUUUGCCUAAGGUAGGAUGCUCAAAUGUCUGCAUCUUCUUCCAGCUUCGUCCCACUGAGUGUCACAUGAAUGUGUAUCUUCAAAGAGAUGAAAUUCAGCCCCUCUGUAUCGACUGAAAAACAAAGAAGAUUUCCUCCUCUGAAGUAUAUCAAGGGUUGCAAUUUUUGCAGAACCACAAUGCAGAGCUAAAAUAUCCCUCUACAGCAAAGUAAGAGGAGAAACAAGCCCACAUUGAGGACUAGACUGAAUUUUCUUCCUGGCUGCCUCCAACACAGCAAAUAGUGAUUUGUGAGAAAGGUACCAAAUCCCCAGAAAAUUCACUUGCUAACUUCUAAAGGACAUGUGCUAAUGCUGUCUGCGUGUCCAAGAUUCAGCUGUGGUUAAGCCCCUUUUUAAGCAAACACCACGUUUGGCACUAGCAUGUGGAUUCUUACCUUUAAGCUAGGAACUGACCUUCAACUGAGAAAAUAAAGUACUAGGAUGAGCUAUUAAAAACUUCAACUGAAUUUUGCCUCAUCAUGUUGCUUUCAAUUUCCUUGUCACUAUUGUCCUUUUUUUUUUUUUUAAAUUUUUCCUUUUAAUCCAGGUGAGAAUUGUGUUUCAAAAAUAAUUUCUGUGUGGUGAUGAGUUAGGUAUAUGAAAAUCCCAAGCAGCUUUCCCAAUGAAUAGAUGAAGUACUGAAAGGAGUUAAGCCUUUGGGAUUUAGGAUAGAAAUCUUUAUUCUGUGUAAUAUAUAUAUAUAUAUAUAUAUAUAUAUAUAUAUAUAUGAAUGUGUGUAUGUAUAUAUUUGAAACUGCAUCACAAAAGAUGAGAUUUUUACCUUGUUAUUUCAACUGCAUCCAUAAUGAUUGCUUCAAUAAUGGGAUCUGCAUGCUAAAACUGUAUUUUUUGAAAGCUUAUGAUUCACUUUGAAGCUGGAAACUAAUGGGCCAGGAAUGCCAGAAUUACAUCAGGAUAGUACAUUUGUCAAUAGCUGAGUUGAACAUUCUUCAGAUUGUUAAGGAUGGAGUACUGCUCCAUAGCAGCUCACAAGUUCUUUGCUCUAAAUUGGCUUUAAAUAACAAUUCCAAACUUGCAUGAAAAUAGUUAAACAAAUAGAACUGAUCUGGAAAUGGUUGCAACUGUUCCAACUGUACCAUAAUCUGGAGGUCUCACUUCCAAAUGAGAAUCAUCUUCUUGAGGCUCAUCAUUUCAUCUCAGUAGGUAGGGUUGUAAUUUUUUCCUCUAUAGGCAUCUGUUAAUUUGUCUAUUUUUCUGCACCAGCUGUCCCUUGACUUAUUACUGUCCACUCACAAAACCUCAGUAGAUCAUUUUAUAGCUUUUUAAGGUGUCCGCUCAUCCUUAGACUGAACAAUUUCCCAUCAUCUUUAAGUUUUUCUUCUGAUUGCUAUUUCUGUUUUCCCCAGACUUAGCAGCACACCUCCAUGCUGGUGUCCCUUUGUCUAAAAGAUGGAAAAUGAAAUAUGAAAGUGGUCAACUUUCAUAACAUAUAUCCCAGUAAAGGCCUUUUUUUCUUAACUCUACUACUAAUUUUUCUUAUAAAGCCUUCAGUGACUGGUUUUGAGAAAUCCAAGUAGACCUUGUCCACUACAUCAUCUCUGUGUGUGCACACUGACCACUUAAGAGCCCUCUCAAGGUUUGUAUGGCAGGAUUCCUCUUACAGAAGUUGCAUUGACCCUUUUCAAAUAGAUUAGAAAAGAAAGAAUUUGUGGCCGAGUAAAUGAGUAUGUUCCAGCUCUUCACUGAAGAUCUUCACCCUCUUUGUGCUAUGGCACUUGGCUGUAAAUGCUUGCCAUUAGUCAACUUCAUUGCUGUGUCCACAAGUGCUGAUUUUAAAAGAAUAAGAUUUCUAAAAGCACUUUGUGUGCUUCUCUUUGGCUUGGGUAGAUUUUCAAAAAUCGGGAAAGUAUGUAUUAACUUGAAAUUUCUUGUGCUUCUCAGCCUGUAGGAGACCUCUCUUUAAAUUCUGUUUUUCCUUUUUUAUUCCCAGGGAGAGCAGCUUAUUAAUAGUUGCCUUUGAUCACUCGUUAUGGAACAGGAGCGUCUGUCUUCAGGCUUAUUGCCAAGCAUCUUACUAGAGGCAACUUUUCUGAUAGCACUCAUGGGACUCAUCUGUUAAAUAAUCACCUUAAUGAGACGAAGAGAAUUUUUAAUACAAAUGAUGUAGGUCUACUGUUUCCAUUUUUAGUUCAUACUUUUCAGUGCAUAGUAGUGUAUGAGAGGAAAAGGAACCUAGAUGUCUUUGUAUUUUCCUGCCUCUGGUCUGUAAGUUCAUGGGCCCAGUGGGUUCUGUAUCUCCUUUAGUCACAAUGCCAGUGGCAUUGCUGAGGUGUCACUGAGGAUUGCUAAGAUGCUGUCAGAGUGCUGGGUACUUGCAUGGGAAAUAUGUUUGAUUUCAUGAAAUGAGUUGAGCUGCUUUUGGUUGUAUCUUACAGUGCUCGCAGAUCUGGAAUUCCUGAAUAUGUUGGGAGCUUCCUGAUGCCCAGCGUGAAAAAUAUGCUAGAAACAAUUGACAAAAGUUACUCAGCAAACAGUAUCAAGCCCAAUCCCUAUGCUCUCCAGAGUUGAAGAGCAGUCAGUAAUGAAGUAACCAUCAUUAACACUGCUUCUAUCUUGCCUUAAUGAAGAAUUGCAAAUACUGCAUUUUUGUAGAAAUGCUUUAAGGGAGGCUCAGAGAACUGCUGAUUAGUGACUGUUUGCAUUGGAAUGCAUAUAACUGAUCACAGAAUAAAAACCAAAACAGCUGGAAGAUCACUAUGAGAUGGUUUUGGCAAUGAAAUAAAAGGGUUUGAUUCA